CUUUCUCACAUUCAGACAUCAGAAUCAAAGAAACUCGAUUUGAUUUUGAAACUCCAGCCAGACCAACACUCCUAAGAUGAAGGCGUUCACUCUUGCAGUUGCCGUGGCCAUCAUGGUGACAGUCAUUGGGAUUCAGGAGGGCUCUGCUCACCUCAUCAUUGAAGGACCUGAACUGAUGGAAGGGCUGACUAAUGGCAGCCCAGUCACUGGUGGUCAAGACAUGCCAGAGGACUCUUGGAAGAUGCCAUAUAACUCAGCUAUGACGAGCCGUCGCUGCCGUUUCUGCUGCGGCUGCUGCCCUGGCAUGAGAGGCUGUGGCAUCUGCUGCAGAUUCUGAGAAGCCCUAAUACACCAAAGAGAUACUUCAACUACAUAAAAAAAUUAUUUCUCUACAUUUGGUCAUUUUAAAUGUGGUUGAAUAUUACAUUACUUUUCAAGGAUGUAAGGGGUUUUCAGUAUAAUACUUGUGUGUGUGUUUUGCGUUGGCAUCCAAAUUGCUUGGGGAAUAUCCACAUAUAUAGAACGCAAAGUAUCGCAACAAACAUUGUGACUAAUGUAUAACAUGCAUACGAAUAAUGUUUAGGCUCAGUGUUUGAAGAAUGAAUGUGUUAAUUUGAUCAAAGGUGUAAUAUUUGUUGUCAUAAUAAAUUUUACCCCCCGA